AACCCCCGACCUUACGAUGAACAACCCAGAGCCUUAACCACUAAGCCACCACUGUGUUGAUGUGUCUGAGUGUUUUAGUGUGUGCAUUUGUGUGCUUUACAAUGUGUGUUUUAGUAUGUGUUACUAUAUGAUGUUGUGUUUUAGAGUGUAUUACUGUGUGUUUUGUCAGUGGAUUUUGGUGAGUGUUGUACGUUAGUGUGUGUUGUCAUGUUUGUCAGUGUGUGUGUGUGUGUGUGUGUUAGUGUGUGUGUGUGUUGUACGUUAGUGUGUGUUGUCAUGUUUUUCAGUGUGUGUGUGUUAGUGUGUGUGUGUGUGUUGUGUGUGUGUUACUGUGUGUGUUACUGUGUGUAUGUGUGUUGUACAUUAGUGUGUGUUGUCAUGUUUUUCAGUGUGUGUGUGUUAGUGUGUGUUGUCAUGUUAGUGUGUGUGUGUGUUAGUGUAUGUGUGUGUGUGUGUGUGUGUGUGUGUGUAUGUGUGUUGUAUGUUAGUGUGUGUGGUCAUGUUUUUCAGUGUGUGUAUUAAUGUGUGUGUGUGUGUGUGUGUGUGUGUGUGUGUGUGUUGGUGCACAUUAGUAUGUCGUAUUAUAAUUUAAAUGUAAAACGUAUUGUGUUAGAGUGUGUGUUAGUGUAUGUGUGUGUGUGUUUGCUUUCAGAGGAAAAGUAACAUGUAAAUUGUGCAGUGUUUCCUGGAGAGUUUCAGUUCUGUGUGUGUGUGUGUGUGUGUGUGUGUGUGUGUGUGAGAGAGAGAGAGAGAGAGAGAGAGACAGAGAGAGUGAGACAGGAGUUCGGCUGUGCAGAAAAUGCUGACUAGUCUCCUUUCAGCUGUUUACCCAAAUAUAUUUGCAAAUGAAAAUCAGUUGCCAUAAAAUACCACACACACACACACACACACACACACACACACACACGGCGCUGACAGUAUAACGUCUGUCCUCUUCUUGCCAUGAAGUAUAAACAUAAAUGUUUUUCCCUUCAAGCGUGUGAAGAUGAACGGGACGUUUAGGAGAUGUGUCUCUCUGAUUAUACUGGUGAUCAUUUGGAAGAGUACAUGCAACUCAGGUAAAAGCAACAAAAACAACACCAUCCAGGAGAAAUGCAAGGACACAUGUGAACAUCCACAAAACUGCCAGAAGAAGUGUGAGGAUCCACAAAACUGCCAGAAGAGGUGUGAGGAUUUUCUAAAAAUAUCACAGGAAAACAAUAUUGAAGAUCUGCUGAAACUUUUCAUUAUGAUAUCAAAUGGAAAUUUGACCUGCAACACUGAAUACAAUAACUGCAAUGAGUGUCGGGAGCAUUGCAGUGCAUGCCUGGGAGGUAUUAAUGUCAGCGUGGAUGCCUGCCAGAAUUUGUGUUUUGGAGUUUGUUCACCGUGUGCACUGGAUAGUGACUGCGAGCAGAUUGUAUUGUUCGAUGGAGGAUUUACUGGACAAAUAAAAAGCGUUUUUAAUGUUAGUAACUCGAGUUGCCAGGAUAUCUAUAACGGAUUAUCACCAUUCAACGGGUCAACCUGCAUUUUAUCUUUUGAAACCGGGCUUGGAAACGACACAAAUGAAACCUGCAGGUUCUCAGACAGCGGUGUGUGGUUAGAAAACAACACUAAUUACAACAACACUUUUCAAAUCAAAAUCACCAGAGAUGUGCAACGCAGACCCAAAACACCUGUCUGCUUCGUGAAAGGAACUCACAACUACAACUGGACAAGUGUUGCGUUGACAAACUGCUCUCAACUUAAAGAACAACCUACUGGGCAGUGUGAGAAUAUAACCUGUGUGGAUCCCAAUAAGAUUUGUCAGAAAGCUAAAUACAAUCCAAACUGCAAUGAAACCGGUUCAAAUGAUGACCACAUCAUAUUAAAUGGAUGGCCUCCAGCGUGCCAUAAAUGUGGGAACGCUUUUAAGCCAGUGGAUGGAUCCAUUAAGAUUAAUUUUACACUUCCUGCUCAAGGCUCCAACAUAAAUAUCAGCUAUUCUAACAUGAUGAAGACCGUAACUGAAAUGAUUUUGAAAAUGAUGGAGAAUCAAUCCUCAGUGUCCGUGUCCGUGUCCUUUGAUGAUGUUAGUGGUAUUGUCGUGAAACCCAUUGUCUUUGAACCCAUCCACUUUAUGUUCGCCAAGGAGUUUAAUAUCGUCGAAGAUACAGACCAGAUGCAGAGCUUUGACACGACGUUCUCGGUACCGAAGGAGGCUUUUGAAAAAGCGUCCCGUAUGAACGCAAGCACAGUUUUUACAUCGUUGUUACGAUUUCCCAGUUUUCCACAGGACGAUAAGAACAGCACGCUGCUGAAUAAUGAAGUGUACUCCAUCGACAUGGGAGCAGAAAUAUCAAAUCUCAACAGCUCAUUUAAUCUAACCUUCAGGAAAAUUGACCCGAAAGCCGGCGAGCCUUUGUGUUACUCUUGGGAUGGACAAGGUGCUACUCCGAACUGGACGACUGAUGGAUGCAACACUUCCUAUAUUAAUGGCUCUGCGACCUGCUCGUGCCAGCACUUAACCUUCUUCGCUGUGUUGAUGACUCCACCACAGACCAUCUCUCCAACUGACCUCAAUAAUCUCACCUACAUCACCUCCAUCGGGUGCGGCCUGUCCCUCUUCUUCCUCAGCAUAGCUCUCUUCACACACUUCCUGUUAAGGAGAGGCCGAGCCAGCAUUUCAGUCCACAUCCUCAUGAACCUGUUCCUGGCCCUGUUCCUGCUCAACUUCACCUUCCUCAUCAAUGAGUCUGUAGCUAACACGGGGAAUGUGAUUGGCUGUAAGUUAAUGGCGGGGGUGAUGCACUACUCCAUGCUGUCCGCUUUCACAUGGUUCGGCCUGCAGGCGCUACAUCUGUGUUUACAGCUCGCACAAAAUGUGGCCAGUGUCCAGAAUUACAUCACCAAAUUGUGCAUCGCCGGCUGGGUGCCUCCUGCCCUCGUGGUGUCGGUCAUUUUCAUUUGUCAGAAAUACAACAAGCUUGACAUUGUCUCUAAUACGGGAAAAAACGUAUCAAUGUGCUGGAUCACCGACUCAACCGUGCACUAUGUAGUGAACAUCGGCUACUACGCCACCAUCUUCCUCUUCACCUUCCUCACCUUCGUGGUGAUGAUUCGCUGGCUCUGCCUGCUCAGUUAUAAAAACCCCACCAUCACCAUUUCAGGGAAAAAGUCGAGAUCCUCGGACGCUCUGACCAUCAUGGGGCUGUGCUGCAUCCUGGGAUUGAGCUGGGGCUUUGCUUUCUUUGCCUACGGCCCAUUACAAAUCCCCGCCCUCUACAUCUUCACCAUCCUCAAUUCCUUCCAGGGAUUCUUCCUGUUUGUUUAUUACUACAAGUCCAGUAGGCUGGUUAGUGAAUCUGACACAUCGCUGGCGAAAAGCAGCACGGAGACCACGGGGAUGGAAAACCCAUAUGGCAAACACAAAACCUACUAAAUCCAGGAUCAGUGGACCAGAGUAAAACUGCAAUGCUUUCAAAUAUAAAUGAGCGCAACUUACAGUUAUUCAAAUUAACCCAGUUAAUUUGAGUGUUUGAGUUAUUGUUGCAUUUUAUUUGUUGUUCUAUCAAGCAACGAAAACUACUU